UGAAAAGAUAACCGGUUCUGCAACUAGAACCACUGCCACGCCCACUAUUAACGUACUCCCAGCUUCAAGCAGGAGAAACACGUUAGUUUGUUUACAAACAAUACAUAAAAUUUGAAAUGAACCCAAUGAACCCGAGGACCAAAAAAAUACUUUCACGACACGCUUGUACAUAACACAUUUAGAAACAAAGGCAGCAAUGGAACUGGCGUCGAAAUUCGCCAAGUGGAUCCUGCCGAUCGACGAGCGCUUCGUCGACGCAGCCUGGGUGAAGGAGCUGUUCGAGAUCGACAGCGGCCCGUACGACGACGAUGAAGACUUCGAGAUGCGAGUAAACAACCUAAUCGACGCGUCCGAAACGCUGCGGCGGGCCUUCGAGAGCCCUGGCUUUCGGCAGGGCGAAUUCUCCGCGCAGUUCUGGUGCGAGAUGAAGUCUAGAGGGCUGCACCACCGCAACCUGUUGCCCUACAUCUCCUACUUCGCCUCGAGUUACUCCAAGAACCCGGAAAACCUGAAAGCGGAUAUUGUCGGCCUGAUCGUGGCUAGUGUUUACCUCAAACUGCUGUCUCUGCCAGGGGCAGUCGUCUACGACAUGUUCCAUCAGGUCAUCUAUGAUUACUGCGUGGACAAACUGUGCAUGGCGUCGAAUCAGAAGCAAACCGGGAAAAAGAGGAACGCUGGUUCCCAGAGCUGGCAGUACAACGUGACAAAGAAGGUGGACGUCCUGCUCGAUGAUCUCACUCGCUUGCAGCAAGCAGGGUUUCUUACCGACCGGAACCUUGCAAUUAAUGUGACGGUGAAAAGACUGACUGAGAUGCUUAGCGGAGAAAACGUGCUCAUCAGAGACUUUUCAAUCGAGGAAAAGUCACUCGCAUACAAGGCAUACAAAGCGUUGUUCACAGCGUGCGACGAGCAAGUAAACACAUCCUUGGUGUUGGAACAGCUGCUGUCGAACACCCUGUCUCUUUCCACGCCCCUUAGUCAGGUGCGGCAUCACUUCGAAACAGUGUCCAACUUUGUUGCGCACCUGCUAGCUACAAAAGAGGCGAAAGACGUUUGGGCCGUGGUGAUUGUGUUCGUGCAGCAGCUUCUGGCUCGCAGCGUCGAACGGGCCGAGAGCCGGCAGCAGGCGGCGCACCUGACCACCACCCUGCUUGCAAAGAUGCCCAGGCAGCUGCGGAACUGCGUCCUCCGCUGGGCCUUCACGCAGCUCGCCUUCUCAGAGCGCUCCACGCACAGACUCAUCACGCUGGAAUUGUUCCAUCAGAUUCUUCAGCUGCCCGAGUUCGACGACUGUGACUCAAAUGAACUGGUCAAAGAGGAGGAAAAUGAAGAAGAGGAGCCUGAGGAAAAUGAUCCUCUUUUGCACAGUCUAGUCCAUUUUCCGUUUUCUGGAGGAAGUCAGGCAAUCAGGCACAUACACAUCUUGUGCCUGGUGCUCUUCAGGGUCGACGACGUGGCGCCCAUGAUCAGAACAAAGGCGCUCAACAUGCUGUCCGACAUACUGCUCUGCGCAGACAAAGAACCGCUUGCUCAGGUAGUGCAAGAGACGUUUGUUGUGCCAAUCACUGAACCUGUCGAGAUCGAAUGCCGAGUCUCGGUCCUGUGGCAAGGUAGAUUUGACUUUUUGAGGCUGGUUCUCGACAAUGAUGCGCAAGUCCCUUCCGCGACAAUGAUCGCCAACCUGCUCGCCGCCAUAUCAGAUGACGAAAGGGUUUACGUGAGGAAAGCCGCGUUGCAGGCUCUAGUCAGCCUGGCCAAGCUGUCUCAUCACUGGCUGUCUCCAAGUUUUUUAGAGCUCCUGUCAAGUCACUGUAGAGAUCCGGCUGUGAUGAUCAGAAAACAAGUGAUAAUCUGCAUGUCGGAACUGCUCAAAGAGCAUUUUGAAAGCAUUCCUUCUGUGGUCGAAAACUGGGUGCUGUCUGUGCUGCCGUGCUUGCAAGAUCCUGAGAGCAAGGCCCAGGAAUUAGUGCAGGAGCAUUUCCACGACGUGUUCUUUGAAAAUAUGCGAGCUUUCAAUCCAGGGAUGUCUGGACAAAGCCUUCUUCCCUGGAAUAUUCUCAGACUCGCGGCUAAAUUCAACCUGAAAAAGCUGCUGUCCGACUCCUUCAAAGUUUGGGCCAAGGAAAAGAGACUCCCAAAUAAUUUUGUAGCUAUUGUGAAAAGCUACAUCGAAACUUCGUUCAACAAAGAAGCGUGGAUGCUGCUUGCAAUUCUCUCAGAGAGCCAGAACAUUCCAGACGUGCUGUUUGCUCAUGAAUAUUUCAAACAGCACUCACAGCAAAUUAAGAAGAUUUCAGUGCCUUUUCACGAAAGCUACAUAGAGUGUGACAACCUAAAAUUGUUCUUCAACAAAUUGCAGACGGAAAUUAGCACAAUGUAUUUGGUAAUGAGGGUGUUGAUGCUGGAUGCAAAUUCGCUGGGUGCCGAUGAGACGAAAGAGUUGAGCAACCUGCUGUGCAAGAAAGUGGAGAACCUUUCUUUUGCAACUGACUUGAUUGGCACUGCCAUCGACCUGAUUGCAGCGAUUGAUAUCGCUAACAAGCAAAUGAACGCAUUCCAAAUCUGGUGCAAAGCUGUGCACAAGAAAUUAGAUUCAAAGAUUUGCUUGUACCUGAGUCGAGAAGGCCACGCUCCUCCGGAUUCGACGGAGGAAAUUAAAAUGCGGGAAAUCACUACCCUAGGCGACGUUGUGCGAGCGUCCUCCAUGUCCGACUACUCAUAUAAACUCUCCUUGGCGCUGAUUAGCGUCGUCCUGCAUGGACAAAAAGACGCCGGUACUUGCAACCACAAGGAGCUGGCGUUUGCGGCCACUCCUCGCCUGAGGGCGGCUGCCACGGUGGCCCUUGGAAAAAUGGCCAUUCUGCAGGAGCAGGUCGCCUUCCAAGUGGUCAGCGUCUUCCAGCACCUCCUCAAGACCUCCUCUGACAACAUCUUGCGCUGCAACGUCCUCACCGUCCUCGCUGACUUGAUUGGCAAGUAUGCAACCCUAGUCGAAUCGAUAGUGGCCGAGAUAGAAAUGUGCCUGCACGACCCUGACGCAGACAUGCGCCGACACGCUCUAAUCGUCGUUGUGCAGCUUCUGCAGGGGGAUUUUGUCAAGUUGAAAGGUACCACCUUGCUCUUCUACCUGCUGACCACCCUGUGCGACCCGGAGAGUGACCUCAGGGACAUGACUGCCAGCUACCUGACCAACACUUUAAUUGCUAAGGAGCCGAACAUAUUCCAGCAGAACAUAAUCUCUGCAAUAGUGCUGCUGAACGCGUACGAAAACCACAAUCGCUUCUCCAAGAUCAAAGUGUCGCAGGAGAAAGUGAAGAAGCUGGCACUGGUGGGUGUGGAAAACACCAACAAGAGGAUGCUGGUGUACACGUUCAUGCUUGAGUACAUGUCGGACGACCAUCGCUUCGACUCGCUGCACCGCAUCUGCACCCAAAUCCUGGGCGGCUUUGUUGACGGCCUCUUCCUUUUGGGCACUGAGGACCACAUCCUCGCGGAUGCCCUUGCUGUGCUGUCCUGCGAGCAGAUUCGACUCCGCUGCAUGAAGGUCACCUCUGAGGGCGAUGCUACCGACGCCGACGAGGCUUUCAGCAAACUGUACGACCAGACGAAAAAACUGUUCGUCGCCCAGGAGGUGAAAAAGAAAAUCAUGGAGAACAUCGUUCCCAUCAUCAAAUCGCUGAGAGUGAAGCUGAGAAAAGCGCGGUCGCCACUCGGCGACGACCUGAUGCGGUUCCUAAGGGAUCUCAUGCGAGACUUUAAAUCCGAGAUCGACGAAAUAUUCGCCGGCGACAAACAGCUCGUGGAAGAAAUCGCGUUUGAUCUGCGACAGUUGGAGGAGCAAGAAAAGGCUGGGAACGGAGAGGAAGAUGACCAAGCCCAAGACUCAGACUGAUCGAGUGUUACUGAAAUUAGUUUUAAUAAUUUGUAAAUUUGAUACAAUUGCUAAUAAAUUUGAUAUUUAUUGAGGUUACGUGUUGUGUGAAA